CGUGAAUUCUUCAGUGCAAUAUUUUUAAGAUAAAAAACAAAAACAAAUUGAUUCACCAUAAUGUCACGCAUAUCGGUAUUGCUCAUGCUCUUAUCACUGGUCAUUAUCAACUCCGGCGACAGCAAUCACAGCAGCAGCAACAACCACAACCACAAUUAUAGCAGAAUUCAGACAUUUCCUCAGCCAUUCAGUAGCGCCAACGGCACAAAAGUCGUCAAUCAUCCAGUUUCUAGUUCAACAAUUGCGGCAUACAAUGGCGAAGAAACACGCGCACAACAACAGCAGCAAAAGCAACCAACUCAUCAUCUGCAGCAACAACAGCAGCUUGCGCAGCGCGACAAAAGAGCUACCGGCGACUUUCAGUUGGACGACGCGGAAAUCGCACGCCAAAAUCAAAUAACACAACAAAUAUUUGCCAAAUAUUUAGAACGACGUCUGUUCCCAAACCGCAGCACAAACGAACGCAUACCGACCAUUUCGGAAAUACUACCCAAGCCAUCCUCCUCUACAACGCCACGACCACGACCCCGCGGCUUCUCCUCCGCGAGAGAUUUUCACAAUUUUCGACGUGGUGUUGACACACAGAAAACCAGCGGUCGCAAACGAUAUGGUAACACUAAUCUAAAGCAGAGGCAACGGCAGCGAGGUGGCAGUAAUAGCGGUGGCGCACAUCGCCAGCAAUUAGUUGUUGAACCUGAAGAGGAGGAAGAACAAGACGCAGAACCAACUGUACAACAGAGUACCGAGUAUUAUGCGGAUAUCAAUGCCGAAACCGAUGAAGUAGCCGAUGAUGGUCAAGAGUCACUGCAAAGUGUCGAAUCCGAGCAACACGAUCACUACUAUAGCGAUGUGUUUAAUCGUGAUCCCAGCGAAAAUGAAAUUGACAGCGAUUGUCCGAACUGUGUGGACGAGUCUCAAUACAAUAACAAAUGGACAAUGCCGUUGCUCAAACUGGGCGAGAAGCGUUACUACCUCGGCAUCUUCUUCAAGGCGAAUUGGUUCAAAGCAUCACAAUAUUGCCGCUAUCACGGCAUGCACUUAGCAAGUAUUGCAUCACAAGAAGAGAAUGACAGACUGGAAAAACACAUACGCGACUUUGCAGGUUUGGGUCACGAACACUUCUGGACAUCUGGCACUGACUUGGCCGAUGAGGGCAACUACUUUUGGAUGGCCAAUGGUCGGCCCAUUACAUUUACGAAUUGGAAUGCUGGCGAACCGAAUAAUUUCCGUUAUGAGAAUGGUGAAGAGGAGAACUGCAUGGAGUUGUGGAACCGUGAUGGCAAGGGUCUGAAGUGGAAUGACUCGCCGUGUAGUUUUGAAACGUAUUUCGUGUGCGAAGUGCAGGCAAUUUAAUGAACAGUGGGCGUUGAUUGACUGAAGCACAAACCAAUAAUGUUAUAAAUAAACAAGAACAA